GAAUGUCGUCAAUUGUACUUGUAUAAAUAAAAAUUGUGUGAUCAAGCUCAGAUACACGCAGCUAAAUUAUAACACAUCGAAAAUCAUCACUCUAUAAAUUGUUAAAUUAGAAAAUAGAGGCAUAGCAUAAGAGGGUUUAAGGAAAUUGCAGGCUACAACAAAAUUCAGCAUUAGCAAUGGUUGGGGUAUCAACAUGGCUCCGCUACAUUGGAACCAAAUUUGAUUAUUCUGUCUCCGUCGCGCGGAUGGGAUCAUGGUCAGUCCCUGAGAAUAUUAUAUUUGAUGCAGUCCUAUCUACAAGGUCAAAUUGCUGACAAGGAAAUACUUGAUACCAUAUGGAAGAACUUUUCCAAUGGAAGGUUGACAUUCUUGCAUUGGAAUAAAGGAGAAGAGAUGGACCCAGUAAUUGGGACUCAGGGUGGAACUCUUCUUGUUCGGAAACUUCCUGCUCCAAAUCCUGUGAGCGUGCAUGUUGGAGAUGUGGUAGUAAUGAAGGAUCCUGAAGACUCGGCCAAUUAUCUCAUAAGGAGGUUAGCUGCAGUCGAAGGAUAUGAAAUGGCAUCUAAAGAUGCGGAAGAUGAACCUUUUGUCCUUGAUAAAGAUCAAUGUUGGGUAUUAGCUGACAAUGAAAAAUUGAAACCAAAGGAAGCCUAUGAUAGUCGAAUUUUUGGUCCGGUUACCAUGUCGAACAUAGUUGGUCGGGCCAUUUAUUGUCUAAGGAAUGCUGUGGAUCAUGGACCUGUCAAGAAUAGUGAAUAUAGCACGACAACAGAUUCGCCUGUUCUAGAAGUGGAACUAGAUGUUGAUGAGAUGCUUAAGAACCAUAAAGCAUAGAAACCCUGCAGAAAAGUUGUGCUAUGCUCUUGUUUCGUUCAAGCUGUUGUGCGAUGCACACGAGUAUGGAGCAUGAAAGCAUCUUCAUUCAGUUGUGAAAGAAAUGCUGCUAAUCAAUAGACUGAUGGAAGUUGGUUUGCCAAAUACAUAUUGAGUAUUUGUUGCUAUGAGAUUAUUGUUUUGAUUUUGUAGCAGCUUUCAACUUUGGUUCCGUCAUUGCCACUGCUCUUCAUAUUUCAAUAAUUUGGAUUGCUUUUUGUCCAAUAA